ACUGGGAGUAGUAGUGGUGGAAAUAACAGUGGUGAGGAUUUUGAUUUUAUCCCAGGUAAGCAAGUGAUGGAUGACCUACCGUCGAAGCUGAUCGGGCAGUUCUUGCACAAGCAGUUCUUGCACAAGCAGAAAGCGUUUGGGGAGAUUUCGCUAGAUAUGGAUUUGGAGAUGGCCGAGCUUGAGCCAGGAAAUCGGGUUUUGUGUUUUGUUUAUGGGUUGAAGAAUUCAGUUCAGAAUUGUUUAUGGUUGGGCCUAGUUUUGAUAGCUUGGCAUUAUUUGUUUGAUAAAAGGAUUGAAAAGGAAACCAAUAGUAAUGCUCUUAGAAUUGUAACCAGGAUUUUGGUUUGUCUUGUGGCACUUUCAGGUCCACCAUUGACCAAAACCCAAAAAAUGGAAGAGGAAGAGGAGAGAAUUGCAAACGAGGAUAGGAAUGUACAGAAUGUUGGUUCAACGAUCCCUCCAGGCAUUAAGGCGUCUCCCUAUUUGUCACCCAAAUAUAGGAGAGUGAUAGUGAGCGGAAUAUUGCAGAAAAGUCCACGAGAUAAAACUCCUAAACUUCCCGCAUGGCUUCUAAGAAGGGAGAUUAAGAAGAUCAGGGGAUAAGUAUAGAUCACCUUCACAAUUUGAACCCUAAGAAUGUUCCGGCUUGGAAUAUGAAGAGGCUGAUGAAUAUUAUUCGGAGUAGUUCCCUUUCUACAUUGGAUGAGGGGAUACAAGAUAGUACUUAUGGGGAUGAGUCAACUGAAAUUAGAAGUGAAUAUGAGACAAAGAUUGCAGCAAGAAAAAUAUUCCAGAAUGUUGCUAAGCCAGGUUCCAAGUAUAUGUCCUUGAUCUGUUACCUUUUGUUUUCAAAUAUUGUUUUCUGUGCCUUGAAUAAUUAAGCUCAAUUCUA